AUGUCACCAUAUGAAAUGUUGUAUGGAAGAAAGUGUCGAUCUCCAAUUUGUUGGGGAGAAGUGGGUCAAAGAGAAAUAGGUGGUACGGAAGUGGUUUUAAAAACCAUUGAGAAGAUAGAUGUAAUAAAGGAAAGAUUGAAAGCGAUUCAAGAUCAGCAAAAGUCUUAUGCGGAUAAAAGGAGAAGACCGAUUGAGUUUAAUGUGAGUGACCGUGUUUUGUUGAAAGUCUCUCCAUGGAAAGGUGUUUUACGAAUUUUAGCUAAAGUUGGCAAGGUUGCAUACCGCUUGGAGUUACCGGAUGACCUUUCGGGAAUAUAUCCUACGUUUCAUGUGUCCUAUCUUAGAAAGUGCCUCGCCGACGAAUCUACUUAUGUGCCUUUGAAUGAAAUCAAGGUCGAUAAAAAGUUGAACUACAUUGAGGAGCCUAUUGCCAUUGUAGAAGAAGAGCUUAGAAGAGUACAAAAUAAAACGGUUGAAGCUUGUUUAUGCAUAAUCGUUUUAGCGUUAUUGUUCAAGUUGCGGAGGAGGCGGUUCCGGAAGAAGGAACUAGUUGAAUUAUUAGAAGCUUGA